CCUCCUCCCUCCCUCCCUCUCCCUCCCACUCUUCCUCCGCCCGCCCGCGGAACUCCUGUCAGCUGAACAGCACAGCUCGAAGCGCACCUCGCUCCCCUGCAACCGCCAGGACCCGCGCGCGCGGGCUGCGUCCUCGGGGCGCGCUGUCGGGGGGGGAGGCGCUUUGGGGGAAAGGGCUCAAAGAUGUCUAACUUUAAAAAGAAGCAGAGGUUAGGAAUCCUCACCCUAUGAGCACCCCUGGGAUCUCUGAUCAGAUGCCUGGAGAGGUCCCGCUGCACAGAGCAGGUCACCGGUUCCUGUGAUCCUGUCAUCAUCAUCAUCAUCGCCUUCCAGACUCACAGCUGGGGUCCAAAACCCUUCUAUUGCCACAGUUUUGUGCCACGAAUGGCUACCCAGAGGAAGCACUGUGUAAAAGAUUUCAAUCCCUACAUUACUUGCUGUAUCUGUAAAGGAUAUCUUAUCAAACCAACUACAGUAACUGAGUGCCUCCAUACUUUUUGUAAGAGUUGCAUUGUACAGCACUUUGAAGACAGCAAUGACUGUCCCAGAUGUGGCAAUCAAGUCCAUGAGACCAAUCCAUUAGAAAUGUUACGGUUGGAUAACACAUUAGAGGAAAUUAUAUUUAAGUUGGUUCCAGGACUUCGAGAAAAGGAACUGUACCGUGAGACUGAAUUCUGGAAGAAAAACAAACCUCAAGAAAAUGGCGAUGAAGAAAAUCCAAAAUCAGAAAAUCCCAAAGAUGAUGAUGAUGGAGAUGGAAAUCAAGAGGAUAAAGACUAUCACAGGAGUGACCCUCAGAUUGCUAUAUGUCUGGAUUGUUUACGGAACAAUGGGCAGUCUGGGGACAAUGUAGUAAAGGGAUUGAUGAAGAAAUUCAUCCGGUGUUCUACACGAGUGACAGUAGGAACUAUCAAGAAAUUUCUAAGUUUAAAAUUAAAGCUUCCAAGUUCUUAUGAGCUGGAUGUACUAUGCAAUGGGGAAAUCAUGGGGAAGGAUCACACUAUGGAAUUCAUCUACAUGACAAGAUGGAGGCUACGAGGCGAAAAUUUUCGGUGUCAGAACUGCUCAUCUUCACAAGUCUGCUCACAGGAUGGCUCUUUUUAUCAGUCUUACCCCAUGGUACUCCAGUAUCGACCCAGAAUUGACUUCAGUUAGACCAAAGGGCCAGAUCCCACUGAGAUUAAUCCUGCACUAUGUUUACUCAUCGACAGAUUGCACAAUGAAUGGAUGUGCCUGGACUGGGGGGACACAACCAGAAUUGCAGCAUGCAAAUACGGACUUUUUCUUGAGUUGAUCAACAAUCCUUUCCCCACUUUUAGAGUAAGCCAAGUGCCAUUCAUACUGAAAAUUCAUACGAUAGUUAUGGCAUCAGAGACUGAAAACUGUAGCCAAAUUGUUAAAUGUAUAGUCAGGAGUCUAAAUCUCUGAAUACUUGUUUUGCCUGUUAGAAACAUUCACUGGUCCAUAACAUUGGUUAUUUUAGCAGAGGUAGCCCUCUGCUCUUUCACAUGUGGUGUUGCAGUUGAUGGGGUUUUUUUUCACAUGUACACUUUUAUUGAAAACCCACUGUUUAAAAAAAGUACUGUAUAAAAGGUUAAAACUAUACCUUUAAAAUAUUUGGGCUGGUAUCCUCUUCAGAGCAGAAGGGUAAUAAUGUAAGGAUUACCCUACUCUGGCAAAGUACUUACACAACUAUUUGUGCAACUGAUCACAUGACCAGUCUCACAACUACUGAGAGUGGGCACACAAAGGGGAGCCCAUUGGAGAGGUGAUACUUACAUGAUUGUCCUUCUGUGGUUACAUUGUAUAUAAUAUAUGGUUUAGGAAUGUGGUUAUUGGGCCACUACAAUUUAUCUUGUUCAAUUUCUCAUAGGUCCAGAUAUAAUGUACUCAUUAGUUUGCAGCAUCUGAAAUUUUAGAUUUUGUGUCAGAGACAGUAAAUACAAUCCUUUUGCAUUGAACCUAAAUGGUAUAAUGUCUCAUAACCCCCCUUCAUUAGUAUGUAUGACUUACCUAGAUGUUUGAACUGGAGCAGUAGCAGAUCAGCACACAUACAUCAGGUAAGGUUAUUUUUGCUAUAUAAUAACUUACGUACAAGGAGGAACAUGAGUUUUCAAGUUCGUGAUGCACUAAACAGUGUUUGUCUAUCCUUCAAACUGUUGCCAGAGUGGGCUUCCCUUUUGAAUUAUUUCAUUUUCGAUAAAUAUUGGCAAUAUUGCAGAAAAGAGGAUCUACUAAAACGAAUGGUCUUAGGUGUUCUGGAUUAGGACCACUAAGUUUACUUCUGCAUUAGUUAGGGUGAUGAAUAAUACAUAACGGUGUAUUCUAAAAUAUGCCAGUUUAAUGGCAUCCAUUACAAAUUUCUGUGGUUAUCUAGAAUCUAGCAGCUAUUGUAGAACUGAUUGCCACAUUAAAACUGAAGUGGAUUUAAUAUGAUUGACAAAGCUACCUGACCAAAACUACUGGCUUUUCAGGGUUUUCUUUUGAUAAGAAGCAGUAGUGUUACAAAAAUGUUGAUGGUUGCCUUAGCUAUUGCACGUGCAUUCCUUCUUGUAAAAAAAUACGUUGUGUUAUGGAUAUCAUUACAGAGAUCACAAUAUAUUCCACAUUGUUUCCUGUCUUCCAUUAUUUUUACACAGUUGAAAGCCAAAAUAACUAUAUAGUUGAAUAACCUGUACAACUGUUAAUAAACACAUUUACCUGUAAGUAAAUUAUAGAACAUAAGUAAUAUAGUUCACUUUGAGAAGCUAUGGGGUCCUUAAUUAAAUUUGGGAUAUUGUGGCAGAACAAAUACUCCAAACCAGUAUUUGUUCUGCCAUCGCAUGUGAAACAUUAUGUCUUGCUACAUAAAGAGAUGUAUUGUGCACUUUGGGGAAUAACCCAGUGCCCUUCAGACACCACAUGCAAGAGAUGUGAGCUCCAAUUUACAGUAACCAACAGAAGAGCAGAACAUUGUGUUGUCACUGCUGGGCUUGUGGAGGUCCCUUCUCCUGUAUAAUGUGAUCGGCACUGUCAGAUGCAGCAAAAGAGAUGGGAAGAAAAGGAACUGAAGCCAGUGCCUGCUUCCUCAGUACUGAUCACCUGUGAAAUAUUGUGGGCACAGUUCUGUAGAUGCAGUAAUUUUAAUUCAAAUAGCAUCUUAAGGUAGAGGCAGAGAACUUUCAGCUCUCCAAACAUUGAACUAGAUAUUCUGUUGACCCUGGCCAUUAGGUGUGCUGUCUUGGGUUGAUGGAAUUUAGAGUCCAGCCAUGUCUGAAAGACCACUGGCUGCCCCUGCAAUUAGGUUCAUGAAAGGGUUUCACACUCAGUGAAAUCUUACGUUUCAAAAUUUGAGCAACAGAACAUCCUUCUGCAUGCAAUAUAAAAAACUGCAUCGUCUUCAGUUCAAUUCGUUUGUAAGAGCAGUUGCUAUACUGCACAUGAGACUUCUCCUAGGAAAGGAUGUCUACUGUUCUUUUGGGCUGAUGAAUCUAUUUGGAUCUUAGAUGAGAACAGACACAAGCGCACCAUCUGAUUACAGUGUAGAUACCUGCCUCUGUGUACAAACUAGCUUUGGGGCAAAUAUAUUAAUAGUGUGUUUUGAAAGCUAUUUUUAGACAUUACCUGGAAGCACUGGACAAGGGAUAUAACAAUAAUUUGGGCAUUUCCAUGAUUCUGAGUAACAUUCAAAUUAGCCAUUCCUGCAUCUCCUCCUGAAAGAAAUGCCUAUGUUAGAUACAUAGCCAGAACUUGUGAAUCUUGCCAUGGGGAAAGCAUGUAAGUUUCUACUCCAGAUAUCAGCCCAAAGUUUGGAAAUCAAUGCAAAAGCUGUGCUUUCAGGACCUACAGAUAAUAUCCAGACUGUGUCAAUGCAGGUCAGUAAUAUACAAUAACUUUACUGAAAUUUCUGAAAUUUCCAUCAUUAAUACACUAUCAGGGCUAGUCUUUUAAUACCAAUGUUGUGGAAACAUUUCAGUUUAAUAUUAGUAAAUGUCAAUUUUUCUCCCUUCUCACUGGUUUCCUAAAUAGCAGAACAAAAAUAAAAACAAAAGAGUUUCAUCACCUUAAUGACUAAGCAGUGUAAAAGUGUGAUCAUAUGGGAAAAUAGAUCACAUUUUGGAUCUCUUGAAGCAUAGUUUGGAGCAAUCUAUUUCUGGGUAAUCUCAUGACACAGGAAAUUGCCCUUUCAGCCCAAUCCCAAUCCAUGUCUAAACUGGUCCUUUUUGGUCCAUCCAUAGGGCUACUAUUUGGGGGGUGGGGGCAGGAUGGAAUGAUUCCCUGACAGACAGAAGGGUUACUUUAAAUGCGAUUGCUCCCUGUAAAGUGACUCUUUCCAGUGCAAUCAGUUGCAUACUUUUUCACCAUCUGAUCACACCGUUAGUCUAGUUUGAACACUGUUUUUCUGCACUACCCCCUGCUUUGUAAUGUCCAGCCUAAUAAAUAUUCUUGAAAAAGUCAAAA